GACAAUGCCUAAUUGCUCAAGCAUUAAUGCGCAUCAUGAGCUAGUUAUGCCCAAUGCCAGGCGGCAUAUGAUGCCCAAAGGGGCGUGCUAAUAGUUCAAAUAGCCUCCAGUACGUGUUAUUGACAAGCUGGAAGGCAGUUGGCCAAUCAGAGUAGCAGCGGCUGGCGAGUGCGCACAACACUUCCACCAACAGCUGCCAUUUUUGUUUGGGUAGCACUUAAUUUGGGGCUCACUUUCACAGGAAAUGUCAGCCGAGGGUGGCGCGGCAGUGGCAGGGGGUGCUGCUCCUGGGGGCGACCCUCCCACAGGAGAGAAUGGAGAGAUUGUGGGGGGACCCCGUGGCCCACAACAGGUCGCAGCACAGAAACGAAUGCAACAGACUCAAGCACAGGUUGAUGAGGUGGUGGACAUGAUGAGAACCAACGUGGAGAAGGUGCUCGAGAGAGAUCAGAAACUCUCCGAGCUUGAUGAUCGUGCAGAUGCCCUGCAGCAGGGAGCCUCACAGUUUGAACAGCAGGCCGGCAAACUAAAGAGGAAAAUGUGGUGGAAGAACCUUAAGAUGAUGAUCAUUAUGGGCGUCAUCGGUAUCAUCGUCCUCAUCAUCAUUGUUGGGCCCUAUCUUCCAAAAGGAAGUGAAAACAAGACGGAAAAUGUAGUCAACACUAACGCUCAACCCAUCAACCCAACAACCAACACCAUGAUGAAUAACGCCAAUAACGCCCCUCACUCUUUCCAGUCAAGUUGGGCUUAGUCGAGGUGUAGUGAGUCACCUCUCUCCUCUCACCUACUGUGAGUUUGGGCCGUAAGUGACUCGCAGUGAAGACGAGCAGCUGGGCUUAGAUGAGAAGAACGAAGUGGUGUGGUGACUGUCGUGGAUGUCAAUUGUUAGGUCUGGAUUGAUUGCUAAUGUAAAUAUUACUAUGAAUCAUCUGCCAACAUCCAUGGUAUCAUUGUAAUUAAUGGAUGGAAGUACCACAAAACAGUGUUCACUAAAUGGCUAGUAUGCUACCAACAGAUUCAGCAUCUUAUGAUUAGGGGUCUCAUCAUUAUCUUUGAAUUCAUCGUCAACUUAGGAAUUUUUGUAAUGACUUUUGCCUAUUGAAAAUAAACACCUAUUUUCCCUUUUAUAAUUAUGAAUAUCUUGCUAGUCAUUUGGCACUAAUACAUGAAUAUAAAGUAUAAAUUAAAUAUAUAUAUAUAUAUAUAUAUAAAAGGAAGUGAAUCUGUUAUUUAUUUCUUAUCCUGAUUUGAUAUUUAUAUUUUCCUGUAAAGGGCCUUUCCCGAGACUACCAUGGAUAAAAGUCCUUUGUUUGAGAGCACAUUUAUGUCCUAAGUUUUGGCUAAGUAAGGCCCUCUUCUGGAACAGCCCUAUUUCAUCAUUCCACACCAUUAGUGGGUCACGGUUUUAAUGUUUUCUGCUCAUUUUGCUUAAGGAAGUUUCUACAGCUUCUAUCGUUACAGUCCCAGAGAGGAAGGACCUGUGGCAAGUAUUACCAGUCUUAUCAUGCCCAAUUGGCAAGAAACUCCACAGUGGUUAGAGAAUGUGCCUUCUGCAGUUGAUUGUAAAUUUUCCUCCGGUCCACAGGUUCCUCCUGUCUGGUAAAUUUAUCUUUUAAGUGCAUAGAAGGAAUGUUUGUGUUGUAGCAGGAGGCACACCAGAGGCAAGUGAUGCCCUUGGGUAGCAGUGUUGCCAUUCCAUGCCCUGAGGUGUCAGUUGUGCUACUCUCGCACUUGGUUGCCGGACAUGUAUCGUAUGGUAAUUUAUUAUGUAUUAUAUAUUUUAAGCGUCAGCAGAGUACGAGUGACAUAAAAUCUACGCAAAGGGUUUGGACUGGUAUCACUAGCUAUUACUCGACUUGUGGGGUGCCUCCCAAAUAUGACCCAAAAACUCGGAUUAAAGUGCCCAAGUUAUUGUAUCAUAAUAUCCCCAAAGACUUUAUGGCUUGUUAGAUGGUGUGUGAAUAGGCUUGGUAUAACCCAAUGUUUACAUCCAGAAGCCUAAUCGUUAUUAUUAACAAUUAUUAUUCUUUAGGAGUCCAACAUAUCUACUGCUCUGUAGUGAUGUAUCAAAGUAGAAGUAAUAUUACUCUGUUAAACGUGAAAUAUAGUGUGUUUAUGUC